AUUGUUCGGUGCCUGCAACAGACGAUGAUGCUUAUCGCGUCUCUCGACUUGUGUUCUACAAGUCUGCUUCAUCGCAUCACCAGUUAAAGAUUUGAGACCUUGCAAUAGAAGAAUCAAAAUUUUCAGCUUGUUCAAUCCAGUACACUACAGUAACCAAACAUUGGUUUCUUACUUUUGUCGGAAAAAAUCUGAGUUAGUUGCAAUUAACACCCUUCUUCAGGUAUGAUGAGUUGUUAUACUCCGAUCACAACAUGUUCUAGGAAUGUUAUCUACAUCAAGAGGCAAUUAGGCACUCACCUCUCUCAGGGAUCAUGCAAGUUCCGAACUUACAGUCUUUCUUCAGGGGUAUCGGUAUCUAAUAGACAACCUUGUAGUUGGUCGGUAUUGGUUAAUCGAUCAAACGUUGGUGGUCCUAAAGGAAAGCUUGAAGCUUCAUUCUUGAACCCUGAGGCGAAGAUGUCCAACAUGAGAAACGUGUAUUGGUGUUCAAGAUUUGCUUAUACAGGUGUGAUUGUCAGCUUGCUUGUUUGUUGUUCUUCAACUCCUCAAUCAGCACAUGCAGACGCUUCAAAGGGUAAAGAUGAUGAUCACAACAAUGGGAAGAGAGUGUACAAAGAUUACUCUGUCAUUGGUAUACCUGGGGAUGGUAGAUGUUUGUUUCGUUCUGUGGCUCAUGGGUUUUGUUUACGCUCUGGUAAAAUGGCUCCAAGCGAGAAGGCCCAGAGAGAACUCGCUGAUGAGUUACGUGCAAGGGUUGCUGAAGAAUUUAUCAAUAGAAGACAAGAAUCUGAAUGGUUUGUAGAAGGAGAUUUUGACACAUACGUCAAACAAAUUCAGAAGCCUCAUGUGUGGGGAGGUGAACCUGAACUCUUCAUGGCUUCACAUGUCCUCCAGAUGCCAAUCACAGUGUAUAUGAAGGACGAAAAGGCUGGAGGAUUGAUAACUAUAGCAGAAUAUGGUCAAGAAUACGGUAAAGAAGAUCCAAUACGGGUCUUAUACCAUGGGUUUGGUCACUACGAUGCUCUCUUGAUACACGAGAGUAAAGCUCCAACUCACAACUCCAAACUAUAGCGAUGGAAAGUUCUUGUUUUUGAAUCGGAAUGUGUAUGAAUUGGCGGAAAUAGCCUCCAGAAAGGUUAGUUGUUGUAGACAGCAAGUGGGAUCUUCACAUGCAUCUUUGUGUUGGUAACUUUUUUUUUUUUUUUUUUUUUUUUUUGGCUCAACUACUACUUUUCAUUCAUCCCAUAAUGUUUGGAACUACAGUAGACAAAUCUGUCUCAAACACAGAUUUUAACCAAACUGGCACAAUAGAAUAAAGCUUAGGGACAUGAUUCUGUAGUGAAAAAGCCUCCUUUGCUAUCCUAUCUGCUGCUUUAUUACUCUCUCUUGGAUAAUACUCGAGCCUGUAGCCAGCGUUCCCAGUGAGACAGCUUUGUAUUUCCAUAAUGAUUGGCUUGAGGUUUGGCCAUAUUUCUUGAGUUCCUGCAAUCAUUUUGACAAUCAAGAGUGCAUCUGUCUCAAAAAUCACCUGCUUGUAUCCUAGGCUGCGCAUGGAGUGCAUUGCCCAUUAUCUUUAUCUUUUUCUGACUCAACCACAAUCUAUAUAGACAUGUUUUUUAGAAUUUUGUACUUUAUACUUUUAAAUUUGAAUAAAUUUUCGAAUAAUGCGCUUGUUCAAA